AUGUCUCGUAAGGAGCUUUUGAGAGACAUGCGCAAAAAGACACUUGAUAGCCGCGGUCAACAUAUUACUGAGAGCGAACCUCUGCUGAAUGGUGAAUCAUCAAAUGGAUCACGCCGAGAUGGUGAAGUGAAAGGCCGCAAUUGGAUUGUGUCCGAUCUAAUUGGAAUCAAGGACAUGAUGGUAGAGCAGUGGUACAUCAACAUCUUUCUACUGGUCCUGCCACCAGCGAUUCUGUCAGAGUACCUGGAAUGGUCAAAACCCAUCAUCUUCGUGCUGAACUUCAUUGCAAUUAUCCCGUUGGCAAACCUGCUAGGUUCAGCCACUGAGGAACUAGCCUUACGAACCGGAGAAACCGUAGGGGGGCUACUUAAUGCUACGUUCGGAAAUGCUGUGGAACUCAUUCUUUCGAUCGCAGCGCUGCAAAAGGGACUAAUCAACGUCGUCCAGGGAUCUCUUUUAGGGUCAAUCUUAUCCAACUUGUUGCUUGUUUUGGGAAUGAGUUUCUUCUUCGGUGGCAUCAAGAACCCCCCAGAGCAAAGUUUUAACCUUACGGGAGCAGGUACCUUUGCGUCACUACUGCUAGUGUCGUGUAUCGGUCUGUGUGUACCCGCACUAUUCCACAAUGUGCUACCUGGUGCCCAACAAAAGCUUUUGUAUCCUGACGACGAGAUCAUGCUCUCCCGAGUGGUAGCUAUCAUCCUGGGCUUCGUUUACAUCAUGUACCUGGUGUUUCAGCUCAAGACUCAUUCUGACUUUUUUGAGUCUGAAGAGGACGAGGAGGACGACGUCGUCCCGAUUCUAUCACCUGCUGGCGCCACUGUGAUGCUGAUUGUCGUUACGUUGAUCGUUGCUGUCUGCUCUGAGGCCCUUACAGGUUCGAUCGAAGUGAUGUCUGGCUUCAUGUCUGAAGCGUUCAUCGGGGUGAUUCUGUUGCCGUUGGUGGGAAAUGCUGCCGAACAUUUGACAGCAGUUACAGUUGCGAUGAAGAAUAAAAUGGAUCUCGCUAUUGGUGUGGCCGUCGGAUCAUCCACGCAGAUUGCCUUGUUCGUUAUCCCAGUUAUUACCCUGGCUGGGUGGGUCAUCGACCAGCCCAUGGACUUGAACUUUAGAAUCUUUGAUACUGGACUGUUGGUGCUUACUGUAUUGAUUGUGAACUUGACCCUAAUGGACGGAAAGAGCAAUUGGUUGGAGGGCAUCAUGUUGAUUUCCACGUACGUCAUCAUCGCUUUCGCCUGUUGGUUCAACCCUGAGCGGAACACGCCCCCAGAGUCUACAAUGCACAUGGAGCUAUAA